CGGAAGCAGCCGUUCAUGGCAGCCACGCUUCCACCCUGUGCUGCUCUCCGAUCUCCCGUCUCUUCCCGGAGAUUCUCUCUGAUUAACAAAACCAAUGCUCAUCUUCAGUACAAUGUCUUCCUUUCACCGUUGACGUCACCAUCACCAUUGUUCGGUUCCGUCGCUAUUCGCGGCAGAAUUUUCCCGCGUUUACCGGCGGCGAAGCAGGAGAUUGAUCAGCAGGAUGAGGUUGGAUUUGAUCAGCAGCCGUCUCAGGAGCUUGCGAUAGCGUCGGCGUGUUUGGUUGGUGUUCUCACUGGAGUUAGUGUGGUUCUAUUCAAUAAUUGUGUUCACUUGCUUCGAGACUUCUCCUGGGAUGGGAUUCCUGAUCGUGGAGCUUCGUGGCUUAGAGAGGCACCGAUCGGUUCUAAUUGGUUGCGUGUUAUCCUUGUUCCGACUAUAGGCGGUUUGGUUGUGAGCGUGCUCAAUCAGCUUCGAGAAUCUGCCGGAGAAUCCACCGGAGAUACUGAUUCUAGUCUCGAUCGCGUAAAGGCAGUGUUGCGUCCUUUCCUUAAAACUGUUGCCGCAUGUGUGACGCUUGGGACUGGAAAUUCGCUGGGGCCGGAAGGUCCUAGUGUUGAAAUUGGAGCAUCAAUCGCAAAAGGAGUGAAUUCUCUGUUCAAUAAAAGUCCUCAGACUGGCUUCUCACUUCUUGCCGCUGGCUCAGCGGCUGGAAUUUCCUCUGGGUUCAAUGCAGCUGUUGCUGGAUGCUUCUUUGCAGUUGAAUCCGUUUUGUGGCCUUCUUCAUCUACUGAUUCAUCAACAUCACUUCCAAACACAACUUCUAUGGUUAUUCUUAGUGCUGUUACUGCUUCUGUGGUGUCGGAAAUCGGUCUCGGCUCUGAACCUGCGUUUAAGGUUCCUGACUAUGACUUCCGCUCUCCUGGAGAACUUCCACUCUAUCUUUUACUGGGCGCUCUCUGUGGCCUGGUCUCGUUGGCAUUAUCUCGAUGUACAUCAUCCAUGACAUCUGCUGUUGACAGUCUCAACAAGGACGCUGGGAUACCAAAGGCUGUAUUUCCUGUAGUGGGUGGCUUAACUGUUGGUAUCAUAGCUUUGGUAUACCCUGAAGUCUUAUAUUGGGGUUUUCAGAACGUGGAUAUUUUGUUGGAGAAACGUCCAUUUGUGAAGGGCCUUUCAGCUGAUCUUCUGCUUCAGCUGGUAGCGGUCAAGAUAGCUGCAACCGCAUGGUGUCGGGCUUCUGGACUUGUCGGUGGAUACUAUGCUCCUUCUCUCUUUAUUGGCGGGGCAGCAGGAAUGGCCUAUGGAAAGUUUAUUGGACUUGCUUUGGCUCAGAACCCUGAAAUCAAUCUCUCUAUCCUGGAAGUAGCAUCUCCACAAGCUUAUGGUCUGGUUGGAAUGGCUGCUACACUUGCGGGGGUUUGUCAAGUUCCUCUUACAGCGGUACUACUGCUAUUUGAACUUACACAGGAUUAUCGUAUAGUGUUACCUCUACUGGGAGCUGUAGGCAUGUCUUCAUGGAUUACAUCUGGACAAUCAAAGAGACAAGAAACUAGAGAAACAAAAGAAACUAGGAAAAGAAAGAACCAAGAAGCUGUACAGUCUCUGACGCCAUCUGAUGAUGGAUUAUCAACGAAUAACCUUUGUGAAGUUGAAAGUUCUCUUUGCCUUGAUGAUUCACUCAACCAAGCUGAGGAGCUGCCGAAGAGUAUAUUUGUUUCAGAAGCCAUGCGAACAAGAUUUGCCACAGUUAUGAUGAGCACUUCUUUGGAAGAGGCAUUAACUCGUAUGCUGAUAGAGAAACAAUCCUGCGCCUUGAUUGUUGACCCUGACAAUAUCUUUCUCGGUAUACUUACACUUUCAGACAUUCAGGAAUUCAGCAAAGCAAGAAAAGAAGGAAAUAAAAGACCCAAGGAUAUUUUUGUUAAUGAUAUAUGUUCGAGGAGUGGAGGAAAAUGUAAAGUGCCAUGGACUGUUACACCUGAUAUGGAUCUUCUCGCUGCCCAAACAAUCAUGAACAAGCAUGAAAUUUCCCAUGUUGCAGUCGUUUCUGGCAGCAUUGAUGCUCACAGAAUACACCCUGUUGGGGGCUCUAGCAACCAGAGUGUUCCUCCUAAAUUCCCUGUACCCAAAAUGGAUCAAGCAAAGGCAAAAGUCUGUGUUACCGGGGCUUCAGGCUUCUUGGCUUCUUGGCUUGUGAAGAGGCUUCUGCUUGAGGGAUAUGAAGUUAUUGGAACUGUCAGAGUUCCAGGAAAUGAGAAGAAACUCUCGCACCUAUGGAAGUUGGAAGGGGCAAAGGAGAGACUGCGGCUGGUGAAGGCUGAUUUAAUGGAAGAAGGAAGUUUUGAUAACGCCAUAAUGGGAUGCCAAGGAGUUUUCCAUACUGCUUCUCCUGUGCUCAAACCUACCUCUAAUCCAGAGGAGGAGAUUUUGAGACCAGCUAUAGAGGGAACCCUGAAUGUACUGCGAUCAUGCGGGAAGAAUCCGUCCCUGAAGCGCGUGGUUCUCACCUCAUCAUCUUCAACAGUCAGGAUCAGAGAUGAUUUUGAUCCCAAAAUCCCUCUUGAUGAAUCAAUUUGGACCUCUGUGGAACUCUGCAAGCGUUUCCAGGUUUGGUAUGCUUUAUCAAAGACAUUAGCCGAGCAAGCUGCAUGGAAAUUCUGUGAAGAAAAUGGUAUUGACCUCGUCACUGUUCUACCAUCCUUCCUCGUCGGACCCAGUCUGCCUCCUGAUCUAUGUUCUACAGCGUCUGAUGUCCUCGGAUUACUGAAAGGAGAAACAGAGAAGUUCCAAUGGCAUGGACAAAUGGGGUAUGUUCAUAUCGAUGAUGUUGCACGAACCCACAUACUUGUUUUUGAACACGAAGCAGCGCAAGGCAGAUACAUUUGCAGCUCUAACGUUAUCAGUCUAGAGGAACUAGUUUCAUUCCUAUCUGCUCGUUACCCAUCACUCCCUAUCCCCAAGAGGUUUGAGAAACUAAAUAGGUUGCAUUACGACUUUGACACCUCGAAGAUACAGAGUCUCGGGCUCAAGUUCAAGUCCCUUGAAGAGAUGUUCGAUGACUGCAUUGCCUCAUUAGUCGAGCAAGGCUAUUUAUCUACUGGUCUUCCAUAACUCUUAGACUAGAGAAUAUGUGCAAAUAAGAUUGGUCUGAAAUAGUGUGACAUUUGGAUUCACAAUUAAAGAAUGGAAUCGGAU